AUGCCUCCCAAGCGUCGGUCUCAGCGCCCGGGUUUAUUGUCAAGCGGCCGUCCACCAACCGUCAAAUCCAAGCAUGCGGCGUUGUCGGCCAAGGCCACGCGGACUCUCAUCCGCUCCCAUCAUCAACUCAUGAAAUCGCGGGCUCAGGCAGAGGCUGCGGGGGAUGAGGCUCGAGUGAGUAGCAUAAAUGCUCAAAUCGAAGCCUCCGGUGGCUUGGAGAGCUAUCAGAUUGCCAGCAAGCUAGGCCAGUCUGGGGAUCGAGGCGGUGAUUCCAGUAAGACCUUAGUGGACUGGAUCAAGCCCCAGCUCAAUGAAUGGAAAAAUACUCUCCCCAAAUUGCGGGUGCUCGAAGUUGGGGCGUUGAGUACGAAGAAUGUUUGUUCCAGGACCCCGGCCUUGGACGUGACUCGCAUCGACCUUAAUUCCCAGGAACCGGGUAUCUUAAAGCAAGAUUUUAUGGAACGCCCGUUACCAUCUACAGAAAUGGAGAAAUUCCAUAUCAUUAGUCUUUCAUUGGUGCUUAACUAUGUACCGGAUCCCGUGGGUCGGGGCGAUAUGCUCAAACGCUGUGUCCAGUUCUUGACAUCCGAAUGUCCCAUCUCCUUUGCCCCGACUCUCUUUUUCGUUCUUCCGGUGGCAUGUGUGGAUAACUCACGUUAUCUCACCGAGAAGAGACUUCUCGCCAUCUUAGAGAGUCUGGGCUUCCAUCUCGUACAAACAAGACGGACCUCCAAGCUCAUCUACCAAUUAUGGAAUCAUACUGGUGUUGUUUCCCCCCAGUCUUUCAAAAAGGAGAUGGUCAAUCCAGGCCAUAAAAGGAACAAUUUCGCUGUUGUCAUGCGCGAAAGCUGA